AUGACCACCAGAGCUAUCGUAAAAUCCGUUCUAUCAGGAGAUACAGUGAUUAUAAGACCGAAAGAAGCUCCCGCAAAAGGUCAACCAGCUAAAGAAAAACUCUUACAUCUCGCCGGUAUACAAUCACCUCGAUUAGGAUCAACAACUCGAGAAGAUGAGCCAUUCGCAUUUUCAGCAAGAGAAUAUCUAAGAGCAUUGUUGGUAGGCAAAGAGGUAGCAUACAAUGUCACGCAUAGUGUAUCGGGAUCAGGUCAAGAGAGAGAAUUCGUAUCGCUUUUCAUCGCUCCUGCUGGACCAGGUCAACCUCCUCAAGAUGUAGCUACACUGGUGGUGUCGAACGGUUGGGCAAAGUUGAGAGAUGGUAUGGGUGAAGGUGAAGAGGCUGUGAGACGAUUGGGUGCGGAAGAAGCCAAAAAGAGAGAACAACUUAGAGCAGUAGAAGAUCAAGCUAAGAGUGAAGGCAAAGGAUUAUGGGCUGAACAACCUGAAAGCCAAAGGACGGUGUCAUUCCAAAUGCCCGGUGAUCCUCACGCCUUUGUCGCUGAGCAUAAAGAUAAUGAUAUAGAUGCUAUUGUCGAGGGUGUCAGGGAUGGUACUCAAUUACGUGUUCGAUUGUUACUCGAUAAGGGUAAUCAUCAAUUCAUCAACCUCGUUCUGGCUGGUGCGAAGGCCCCAAGAGCAUCGUCAGGUCGAGACAACGAUACCUCGUCAGCGGAACCAUGGGGUGAAGAAGCAAAAUUCUUUACGGAGGUUAGAAUGCUCCAAAGAUCCAUUAAAGUCCGACUUCUCUCUGCGCCAGUAUCAUUAGGCGCAAUCCCAUUCCAAUCUGGUCCUACACCUGCCGGAGCCACUAAAUCUGCAAACGAGACCAACGGCUUGCCUGCACCUACUUCGGCGGGUGCAAGUAUAAUCAUCGGUAUUGCCAAACACCCUAAUGGAAAUAUCGCCGAAUUCCUAUGUGGAGCAGGAUUAGCUAAAGUUAUCGAUUGGCACGCAGGUAUUUUAGCUCCUCAUGGUGGAUUGGACCGAUUCCGAGCAGCUGAAAAAUCAGCUAAAGACAAGAAGCUGGGAUUGUGGGAAUCAUACGGUACCACCAAAUCUAAUGGAACGACCAAUGGAACUUCUACACCUGUUUCCAAUACAAAGGGCAAUGAAUUUGAUGCUACCGUGGUGAGGAUCUGGGGUUCAGACCAAUUGAGUGUUAUACCCAAAGGAGAUGGACAGAAGGAAAGGAGAUUGCAACUUGCUUCCGUCAGGGGACCAAGAGGGACAGAUCCCAAAUCUACCUAUUGGGCGAAUGAAGCUAAAGAAUUCCUUCGAAAGCGACUCAUCGGAAAGACCGUUCAUGUUCAUAUCGAUUAUGUCAAGCCCCGCGAAGGUGAAUAUGAAGAGCGGGAAUGUGUAACUAUCACUUAUGGAAAUGCGAACAACAAUAUCGCCGAGCAGCUCAUCGAGAAAGGUCUCGCUACCGUGUUGAGACAUAAGAGAGACGAUGAAGAUCGAUCGAUGGAAUUGGACAAACUCAUUGUUGCUGAGCAGACAGCCGUAGCAGAUACGAAAGGUAUCCAUUCGGCCAAAGAGGUCUCAUUACCACGUAUUGUAGAUGCUUCAGAAUCAGCUUCUAGAGCCUCAUCGUACCUCACUCAGUGGAAGAGACAAGGUAGACAUUCUGCUGUGGUAGAUUUUGUCUCGGCUGGAUCUAGGUUCAAGUUGUUCAUGCCUAAGGAGAAUACAAAAGUCACCUUCGUACUUGCUGGUAUAAGAGCACCCAGGACCGCUAGAAAUGCCUCCGAGAAAUCUGAACCGUAUGGACCUGAGUCAUUAAGAUUCGCUAGUAAAUACAUGCAAAGGGAUGUUGAUAUCGCAUUCGACUCAACUGAUAAAUCUGGUGGAUUCAUCGGAGCCAUGUAUGCCGGUGGGAACACCAAUGUAGCUGUUGAACUUGUCAGAGAAGGUCUGGCCACUGUCCAUCAAUAUUCUGCCGACUCAUUGCCUUUCGGAAGGGAACUGUCAGCAGCUGAAGAAGAAGCCAAAGCAGCUAAGAAAAAUAUCUGGUCAACAUAUACUGAGGAAGAUACUACAACUACCAAAACGGUUGACGAAUCCGGCGCGUUGGCACCUGAUUAUCUGGAUGUAUACGUAUCCAGUGUGAAAGAGGAUCCUUUCUCUUUCUCCGUACAGAUCUUGGAUAAAGAUAGCGUAGCAUCUUUGGAGAAAUUGAUGUCUGAUUUCUCAUUGCAUCAUAAACAACCUACCAGUAACUCACCGGCUGGAUUCUCACCCAAGACUGGGGAUUUGGUAUCUGCCAAAUUCAGUGAGGAUAAUCAAUGGUACCGAGCCAAAGUUAAGAAAGCCUCAGCGUUGAAGAAAGAAGCUCAAUUGUAUUUUAUCGAUUAUGGGAAUGAAGAGACUUUACCUUUCUCCAGGAUUAGACCGCUGGAUAGUAAAUUUAAGGGAUUGCCUGGACAAGCCAAGGAAGCUAGAUUGAGUUUCGUCAAGCUUGUCCCUCGUUCGUCAGAGUACGGUUCCGACGCCCUAAGGCGAUUCAACUAUUUCACCGAGAACCGUAAACUGGUAGCCAACAUUGAUCAGAAAGAAGGCAACUUGUUACAUCUUAGAUUGAUCGAUCCUUCUGAUCCUAAUGCUGCGGACGAUCCUUUGGCUUGUAUCAAUGCGGAUCUAGUCAGAGAGGGUUUGGCAACAAUUGAUAAAUCAGUUAGAUACCUUAAUGCUUAUCCACAGGUCAAGAGGAAACUUGAAGAUGCUAUGGAAGGUGCAAAGAGAGAUAGACUUGGUAUUUUCGAGUGA